UUUACUUGGUGGCCGCGUCAGGAAUAAUUCUCAACGAGGUCAUUUCCCCAUGGCAAUUCUUGCAAUUCUGGCACUAUUAGUCGGUAUUUGUUCGCUGUCAUUCACUGUUGGAAGCGCAAUAUGGGGCAAAUGGAAGAAGAUAUGUUCUGAUGCUAAGAAAGUGGUACAUAACUUCAAGAAUUUGAGCUCGGAGUUAGAAGCUCUGCUUCAUUUAGGGACGGACAUGGAGAGGAUGGCCACUGAACGUGGAAUAACUUCUGAUCAUGAAUACAACUACUGGAGGAACACAAGAAUAUUUGAGAUAUGUCAUGAAGCUGGAAAUUUGAUUAGACGUUAUAAACUGGAAGAGAACCUGUCUAAAAAGCAGCUAGCAGAACUCAGCAAAAAAAUGGAGGACUGUGCAAAAAGAGUUAGAAACCUGCGUAAAGAUGCAGAAAAAUUUUUUCCUAGAUUUGAAAAGAAAAGCAGAAAAAGAAUCAAAUCAAAAGCAAAGGAACCCAGAAAAGGAAAAUAAUAAGAAUCUGUGUUCUCCUGAAGUACCAGCACAAUCUGUGUUCAAUCAAUGGCUACUGAAUAAGAAUUAAUAUCAGAGAGCAGAUUUAGAUAUGGAUUGUUGAGGUUACGGUUUCACAUCCCAAACUUUCAUCAAAAGAAUAAUAGUUUAUUCUUCUUCU